GGCUGGCGGCGGGUUCCGCGUUGGUGACCAGAGAGCGGCCGGGCCCCAGUGACGUGGGGCGGAGCUCCGCGAUCCAAGUGCCCAGCUCCCCGAGCGAGGUGGGAGGGCGGCUCGGGACCCUGACCUGGGCUGGCAUGGAGCGGUGGCGUGGCCGACUGGCACUGGUGACAGGAGCCUCGGGGGGCAUCGGCGCGGCCGUGGCCCGGGCCCUGGUCCAGCACGGACUGAAGGUGGUGGGUUGUGCCCGCACCGUGGGCAACAUCGAGGAGCUGGCCGCCGAGUGUAAGAGUGCAGGCUACCCCGGGACUUUGAUCCCCUACAAAUGUGACCUGUCCAAUGAGGAGGACAUCCUCUCCAUGUUCUCGGCCAUCCGCUCUCAACACAGCGGUGUAGACAUCUGCAUCAACAACGCGGGCUUGGCCCGGCCCGACAGCCUGCUCUCAGGCAGCACCAGCGGUUGGAAGGACAUGUUCAAUGUGAACGUGCUGGCCCUCAGCAUCUGCACCCGGGAAGCCUACCAGUCCAUGAGGGAGCGCAAGGUGGAUGAUGGGCACAUCAUUAACAUCAACAGCAUGUCUGGCCACCGAGUGGUACCCCAGUCCGUGGCCCAUUUCUAUAGUGCUACCAAGUAUGCCGUCACUGCGCUGACAGAGGGCCUGAGGCAAGAGCUUCGGGAGGCCCAGACCCACAUCCGAGCCACGUGCAUCUCUCCAGGAGUCGUGGAGACACAGUUCGCCUUCAAACUCCAUGACAAGAACCCUGAGAAGGCAGCUGCCGCCUAUGAACAAAUGAAGUGUCUCAAAGCUGAGGAUGUGGCCGAGGCUGUCAUCUAUGUCCUCAGCACCCCACCACACGUCCAGAUCGGGGACAUCCAGAUGAGGCCCACGGAGCAGGUGACCUAGUCUCCCGAGAGGAGCUCUUCCUGCCCUCACCGCCCCUCACGGCUCGGCACUCGCCUCUGGGUUUUAGGUGUUGAUUUCGGGACUCUUGGAUUCUAUGUCCUUUCCCCACCCCCACCAGGGGCUAGAAAACUUGCUUGAGGUUUUUAUAUAAUCUUGUCAAAUGGGCUGGGGAAGGGAGGUGGUGUCCCUGAUUGUUUGACCUGCUGACUUAUUCUUGGUCCCCUUCUUGGGCUCCUUGGUCUUUGCUGUCUCUGGUUUCUCCCCUUGGAUUGAAGCAAGGGAUGGAUCCCCAAGUGGGGCUUUUCUCUGUCGCCUUGACCCCAUCCCCUGGCCCUCGGGGAUGAGCUGGCAGAGGGAAGCCCUCGCCUUCCAUCCGAAUGGUAAUCGGGGCUCCCGGGUUCCUCCUCUCCCUGUCCCACUGCCCCCACCACUGCUUCUCUCCCCACCCCCCACCCCCCAGUUCUCCAGCCCAAUUUUGGCUUCUCAGUCCCUGGUGGGGUCCUCUCUCCACUCGGACUUUGGCAGCGGAAUACCAGGGCCUGCCUCCUGAGUGGGUUUCACUGUGAUCAUUAAAAAAGAAAAAUCGCAACAAGCUA